GAGAUGUCGUAUUUAUGAUUCUUCUUCGUUACGCUUUUUCGUUUGUCUUUGCCGCUUUGUUUUUGAAGAGAUCCAGUUCUUGAGCUUUAUCCAAGAAGGCGAAAAUCGCAUGGCUGGAAGAGAAGUUCGAGAAUACACAAAUCUGACGGAUCCAAAAGAUAGGAAAUCGGGUAAAGGUAAGGGUAGAGUAGACGAUGAAGACAUCACUUUCCAACGUAUGGUCGCCAAGAUGCAAGAUGUUGCAGGUGAAAGAGGUGGAUAUCUUCAUGGGCGAGGCGCAUUGGACAGUGAUGAUCUACUUUAUCUGAAGGAACAAAUGGAAGCUGAGGAUGACGCUGAGCGUCUUCUACGUCAUACUGAGAAACGUGCAUUUGCUGCAUUUAAGAGAGCUGCAACUGUAGCGGAUUCUUCCCCAGCAUCUAUUCCGCUAUCACUUCGUGUGGAGCCUAAACCAAAGAGUGGUAUCAGACAGCAAUAUUUGCUGAAGAAGGUAGUGGAGGUGAAACCUAAGAGACAGCGGGUUACAACCGACACAUCAGAUUCAGUCGCAAUAACACAAGAACCGCAAAUUGACAAUACUGAAGCUAAGAACCCUAUGAAAAAUUUACUUGUAGCUUAUGGUUCAGAUGAAGAAGAAGAUUGAUUGCAUUUUGUUUGUUUGUUUGAUCUAUUGAGAUAAUAGAAGAAUCUUUCUUAAUUGAUGCAAUGACAAACUAGACACUAGAGAAAAGAGAUAGAGAAUUUGACAGAGAAUAUCUGAUGUGAUAUAUUUGUUUAUUGUUUUGUCUUUUGGACUUGUUCAUGUAGAUCUUAUUGUUGUAGCCAUUUUGUUCUCUUU